AUGUUGGCAACUGCUGCGACUCUUCUUUUCGCCAGCUCCUUUGCAACUGCCUGGAGCGGCCCGGCUAAUACAACCACUCUCCAUGCCAGCGGCUGGGAAAGCGGUACUGUAAAUCCAUUCAGCAGCUGCAACGUCAAGAGCCCUUCUUACAUUUCCGCGUCCUCGGGGUCACCCCUGUGCGCCGGCUCCCGAAAGCUGACGGCCUACUUUGACGAGUCCGACUAUGACGGGACACGCGACGACCGGGGCGCCGAGAUUUGCGUCAAAGAUGCGUCUGGCAGCACCAACUUGGUCAACAUGCACUCCGAGGGCUGGCAAGGCUUCGGGCUAUACGUCCCUUCCAAUGGGUUCCCUAGCGACAAGGCCACCAUUAUCGCCCAGCAGUUUUGUCCCGGCGGUUGUUCCAGCUGGUGUGGCACCCUGAGCAUCGAGGACAUGGGCCUCUAUGUUGACCAUCGCCCGGCGUGCGGUGACUCGACGCACGCCACCGUCACCAGCUCGUUGUCACGAGACGUUUGGCAUGACAUCGUCAUUCACUUCAAGGCAUCUCAUGCCCAGAAUGGACUGUACCAGGUAUGGCUCGACGGAUCGCUCAUGUACAGCGCGACAGGGAUCAAUGUCGGGUUUGGGGACAGCUGGACUAUUGAUGACACCAUAACCAACGGGUUUUAUUUCAAGAAUGGAAUGUAUGCGUAUGAUUAUGAUGAGUACGCCAACGCAACUCGCCAACUUUACUUUGACAAUCUCAGCUGGCUCGCUGCGGACGGUGGCAUGAGCGACGGUUACAAUAUUGUCGACCCUGCUUGUUGA